AUGGACCCUCUGAAAGACCCAGCGAAUGAUAGACAUGUAAAGACUCUAAAGCCUCCUCCUCAUAGGCCAUUGAUGAAGAGUCUCAUGUUCCCAGACAAAUUGAAAAGUAUAUAAAAAUUUCAUAUGAUAGACAAACCUGAUUGGAAAUUGCUUAAGGAUCAUCUUCAAAAGGAAGGAAGAGUUUCUAAAGAAGACCUUUUCAAAUUAGUUGGAGAUUGCAAUAAAUUAUUAAGUAGAAAAAUUAGUGAUUUUUAGAGAAUGAAGGGAAUGUAAUAUACAUACAGGAUCCACUUACAGUAGUAGGAGACAUCCAUGGGUAAGAUUAAAGAGAAUAUUAGAUAAUACUAUGACUUAUUAAAACUCCUAGAACCUAAGGUAGGAGGGAAUCCUGAGACAACUAAGUACGUUUAAUUCAUAGAGUUUAGAUAUUUGUUUCUUGGAGACUUUGUUGAUAGAGGAUCUUAUUCUAUAGAAGUAAUAAUUUUGCUUUAUGCAAUAAAACUCAAUUAUCCAAAUACUGUAUAUUUUUUGAGGGGAAAUCAUGAAUGCAGAUAGCUGACAGCAUUCUUUAAUUUUAAAGAUGAAUGUACUUAGAAUGAUUUACAAAGGUCUUUACAAGUAUGAUUAAGAGACCUAUGAUAUGUUAAUGGAUUCAUUUGAUUUGUUUCCUUUAGCUUGCAUAAUCAACUCAAAAUUUAUAGCAAUUCAUGGAGGAAUAUCUCCUGAUUUAAAAUCUGUACAUGCUGAGAUUCAUUUUAGUUAGAAGAUAUUAAGAAAUUGGAUCGCUAUCAUGAGCCUCCUAAAAGUGGAUUAUUUUGUGAUUUGUUAUGGAGUGAUCCAGUAGAUUAAGAUUAAGGAAAUUUGGAUGGUUAAUGGAAAGGAAAUGAAGUGAGAGGAUGCAGUUGGUUUUUUGGAAAUGAUGCUGCUUCUAAAUUUUUACAGAAGAAUAAUCUUAUAUCUAUCAUUCGUGCACAUGAAGUAAAUGAAAUUGAAUUACAUAAGGCAUAAUUAGAUGGAUAUAAAAUGCAUAGAUGGCAUGGUGGAAAAGAUUUUCCUGUUGUUAUUACUAUAUUCAGUGCACCAAAUUAUUGUGAUGUUUAUAAUAAUAAGGGUGCUGUAAUUAAAUUUGAAGUAAUAUCUUACUUUUAUUAAUUACAAGAAUAAUACUCUGAAUAUAUAAUAGUUUUAAUAAACACCUCAUCCUUAUUUAUUACCAAACUUUAUGGAUAUAUUUACAUGGUCGAUUCCAUUUGUAGCUGAAAAAGUAAAUGAAAUACUUUACAAUUUACUAUAAGUUGGAGAUCAGGUUGAUGAUGAGGAAAUUAAUGAUGAAGAUAUCAAAUAAUUUAAAGAAUUGACUUAAUAAAAUAAGAAAUAUGAUAAAUAAAGUACUACUGGAUCCAAUAAUGCUAAAAGUAUUAAUAUGAUAUUUAUUUCAAAAGAUACAGAGAAAUUGAAAAAGAAAAUCAUUUUUGUAGCUAACAUGAUAAAAAUGUAAAAGACCUUAAGAGAAUAAAGUGAAAGCAUAAUCUAACUUAAAGGAGCAUGUCCUGAUAAAAGAUUACCAAGAGGAGUUUUGACUGCUGGUAAAUCAGCUAUAAUGGAUGGUAAUUUAGUGAAAUUUGAUAUUUAGCUCUGGCUGACUUUAAUAUUGCUAAAAAUGCAGAUAUAGUCAAUGAAAAAAUGCCUACGAUGACAUAGACACCAUAACAAUCAAUUUCAAUUAAUAAAUCAAUAAAUUCUACCUCAUCUAAAACGAAAAAAAAGUGA